AGCACGGUGCCACUCUCUCUUUCGCCGCUCCUGCUCGCUGCGAACGAGCACCACGCCGUCGCUGUCACCGCCACGCGCUACGUCAUCAACAAUUGGGACCACGCGUUCAUUUGGCCAACCACGCACGAGACCGACAACUACACGUCCACCGUCGCCUCGAGCCUGCGCGUCACCGACGGCUUGUGGUACCAGCCUCUCCCGGACCCGCUCGCCGACUACAGCCCCUCGAUAGAGUCCUACAUCCCCGACGAGCUGCGGCUCCGCGACAUCUCCGCGAACCGGUCGCUGCGCGCCUUUCGGGCAACCAUGUACAGCCCGAACGGCGUCGUGCUGGUCGUCGAGGAGCUCAACCCAACCAACUGGCCCGAGCUCGGCUCCAACGUGCUGGCGUAUCUCGGCGUGACCAUGCUGCUCGUGCACUGGCUCUUUCCGCGCCGCGCCGACAUCAAGGCGGAGGUGGUCCUCCACCCCACCGCCGAGAGGCUGGCGGCAGGAGUGCGCCGCACGAUCUCGGCGACUGGCUGUCUGAAAGGCGGGCGACGGCGCUCCGUGCCGGAAUCGCCGUGCGAGCCGCCCGGGGAGCGAGCAGCGCCAGCGGCGAGCGAGGCGAGAAGCGACGUUGUCCCUCGAGCGUUGUCCCUGAAGGAGUGACGCCCCACCCUGGCGCCCCACCAGGCAGUACGGUAGUACAGGGUUGGGCAAGGUAAGUAAAGUAAGAGGUGAAU